UUUUAAUUUUCGCAUUUUACCCCACCUCUACCCUCCUUUUGAUUUAUUUAAUUUAUUUAAUUUUUUAUUUUUAUUUUUAUUUUAUUUUUUUUAUUAUGAUGCAGUUGUUUAAGCGAGAAGAUCAGAACACUAUUGGAGAAAUAAGAAAAAUAGUCCGUUGUGUUUCGUUAAUUACAUCAAUACAUACCCAGUUUUUGUCCGCCCAGACGACACCAUCGAUCGAUCCAUUUAGUCGGGGAAUUUGGUGGGUUACUACUAUUAGCAAUCCGUCGACUUGGCCAGACCGCCCCAGUCCAGUCUGCGUCCACCGGAAGGGUGAAAGUGGAUAGCUCACUCUUUCCCCCCCCAACGGUUCCUGCAAACAUUCAGAAGUACAAGUACUGAGCUCUCCUCGACUGCAUUCCUUUCCUUCCUUCCCUCCAGUUCCUGCACAUCUACUCAAUACAUUUGGGUUCCUCCUUUUUCGUUGUCCUUAUUGUGGCGUAUAUUACCUACGUUAUACCCUUUCAUACUCUAUAAUUUACUCUAUCUACUCUAAUAGCAUCUAUAUAUCCAUAUCCCUUCCGCGAAUCACAGCUUUAAGACCCCAUACCUUCUUCUUUUCUUGAACAUAACAUCCAUCAACUGCGCUACUAUUUUUGCAAUGGCAGCUCCUCGCUCUACUUCUUUGCGCGCCCUUCGCGUGCUCUCUCAGCAGCAUACUGCUACACCCUGUGUCCGCCGGAGCCUGCACAUCACUGGUGUCAAUUCUGCACAGCCUGUCAACGUUCCGGACCGUACGUCUUUGUACGCUACUCGCAGCUUGGCAGACCUUCAGAGGGAGUGCCACAAGAGGAAAUUGGGAGCCAGCGGCAACCAGAGUGAGCUCGUUGAGCGCCUUGCCAACCAUGACUUCCUUCAAUCCCGUGCUUUCAGCAUUGCCAUGAGAAGAAUCAAUGGCAGCUCUGCCGCAGAUCGAUCUGUUUCCACCCGCCAAUUCAACACAUCUCGUGCCUUGAAGGCUGUCAAUGACUCAUCCACUGUGGAUUUUGCAUACCUGCCGUCCAUGGACGAGGUUGAUGCCCCUGCUCGCCCCGCCGAUACUCGCAUUCCGAUCCUUUCCGAUGUCUACACCAACUACAACUCGAGCCAGCCCUCGAACCCACCCAUGAAGCCCCAGGUACACACUAUUUCCGGGGGUGGGGCCGAUGUCGCAGUCAGCCCCAUGGCUGAAGUUGUUGACAACAACUCGGUGGAUAUCGACCCAUUCUCGCUAACCGAAACGGUUGGCAAAUCCCGCUUCGGCGAAGAGCUCAUAAAGUCCCAGAACGGCUCCAAGGAACCCGGUGUUGUAAGAGAGUUGUGGACCGGAUUUUUGGAAGACAUUUUAGGACCCAAACAGCAGAGUUACCAGAAGCAGCACUGAUUUGACUAGCGUUGUUUGUCUUGUUCUACUUUAGCGAUGAUUGAUUUCCACUGAAGGUGGUCUUUCUAUUUCCUGAUACUUAUUCUAUCAUCAUGAUGCUCAAUGAUGCUAUCUAUUCACAAUUUGAUGAACAUAAAGUGGUUCAA